CGGCCGAUUGCGCGCACAGUGAGUUUACCGAGGCCGACGUGGGAAAGUGCGCGCUUGAUCAAAGUCUUCGGGUGGCACGCGCUGCUGAAGUGGCGUGUAAGAGGUGUCGUUUGGAAGUAAGGAAGGAAGGAAGUCAAAUAAACUGCGGUAUGGCGCGCAACUGCUGCUGGCUCGCCCUGAUUUUUCUAACGCUACUCGUGGGCGUCAGGAGCCAACAAUCUCGGGGCCAAAAUUUACAAGCCAAAUGCAGCGCCCGGCAGUUUCGCUGCACGAGUGGCCAGUGCAUAGCAAACGACCGCGUGUGCGACGGGGUGACCGACUGCAACGACGGCUCGGACGAAACCACCCAGGAGUGCCAAAACUCGCCGCCCUGCAGUUCUCGCAACUUCCGUUGCAGUUACGGUGCGUGCGUGGAUGGUAACACGCGGUGCAACGGUCGGAACGAGUGCGCCGACGGCAGCGACGAGCUCGACUGUCAAAAGAUCGCUCCGAGCUCGGGCGCCAUCGACGGCGGCUGCAAGAGCAACCAGUUCAGGUGCAAGAGUGGCCAAUGCAUCGCCAGGACCGAGCUAUGCGACGGCACCGUCAACUGCAGGGACAGGUCCGACGAGACCGUCGAGGCCUGCAGCGAUUUCGUCUGCCCGGGUUAUACGUUCAAGUGUCGAUACGGUGCCUGCAUAGACGGCAAUCUCAAGUGCAACAACGUCAUCAAUUGCGCGGAUGGUUCGGACGAGGACGCCGAGCUGUGCGGCCGAUCGAAGCAGGGAAACAACGGCAACAGCAAUGGGAAAGAUGAAGACCAGAAGGGCAAAACCGAGCGGCCCAUUGAUGUGGUGACACCGAGACCAACGUCGCCGCCAAAGGAACUUUGCAACAUACCCGACCAGCCCGAGCAUGGUGAAUGGAAGCUGGAGGGCAGUCUCUGUCCCAAGGGCACCGAGUGCUCUCUUCGAGAGGGAGUCAAACAACUCGAUCCCGGUACUCAGUUGGUGUUCCGGUGCAAAGCCGGGUACAAGCUCAACGGGACGAAGGAUGUCUUUUGUGGACUGCAGGGCAGGUGGUCGACCAUUCCCAAGUGCGAGAUGAUCAAGUGCCCGGCCCUCAGUUCCGCGGCGUUGGAAGCCAGGUGUAAGUUCGAAAACGAGUGGGUGUCCUGCGAAAAUCCCGCGCCCAUUAGGACGAUAGCGGAGCUCAACUGCCGAAACAGCUAUCUGCCCGAGACUACGGAUCUCACGAGGCGAGACAACGUCAAGUGCAACUCUGCGGGAGAAUGGGAGCCCAAGCCCAUGAAGUGCGUCUCGGUCUGCGGGGUACCGUCGAAAGUGAGCGGCAAACCGUUGAUCGUUAACGGCACGACCGCUGACGUCGCCGAGUUCCCUUGGCACGCCACCCUCUACAAGGCCAAAAACACCGAGAAACAGUUCAUCUGCGGUGCGACGAUCAUUCGCGAGAAUCUGCUCGUCACCGCGGCCCAUUGCAUCUUCGACGAGGUGAGAAAAACCGUUGACUCGCCGUCCAAGUAUUUCGUUGCGGCGGGCAACGUGUUCAGGGACUACGACUUUGAGCUGCACGAUCCAGUCACGGUUAAGAAGGCCGCGGUGAAAAACAUAUACGCCGUGUGCAAUUAUCUGGGCCUCGAGGGCAACUACGCGAGCGACAUCGCCAUACUAGAGGUCGACAAGCCCUUUGUUUUCAGUUCAAUCAUAAUGCCGGUUUGUCUCGACGUAAGUGUAGUCGGGGACCAAGCUGCCUUAGAAGCUGGAAACUUUGGUAAAGUAGCCGGCUUCGGUAGGACUGCCAUGGGCGACUCGAGCUUCAUCCUCCAGACGAUAUCCGUGCCGUAUAUCCCGUUGAACAAGUGCAAGUCGAGCAGUCUCGCGUCUGACAGUGUCAAGUACAUAACCAUCGACAAGUUCUGCGCCGGGUACUCGAACGGCUCGUCGGUGUGCGAUGGAGACAGCGGGGGUGGCCUCGUAUUCAAGACGGACAACAAGUGGUAUUUGCGUGGCAUCGUGAGCGUCGGCAUUGGCGCGACGAAGAUCGGAGCUGUGCGAACCUGCGACAGUUACGCGUACUCGCUGUAUACUCGAGUGUCGAGUCACAUGGAGUGGAUACAGGAUAUGAUACUGCGCGUCGAAACCAAGAAGCCGAUGAAGAGCUGCUUGUGAACACAGUGUGCUUGUGUCGCAACGUGAUGAGGCCUGCCAACGAGAUCAUUUGAUGGUGGAUUCUUGGGUGUGCUUUUUUCGUAUCGUUAAGAUUCGCUGAAAAAUUUCGAGAUGGACAAUCUUUGAUGUUUGAUUUUAUUAAAAGUCUGAGGCAAUCCAAAGCUAAUGAUCGUUCCGAAUAAAGUUAAUUUUUUCGAUGGAAUGAGAUUACUUUUUAGUUUACGGAGAAAACAUGAAGACUGACAAUGUUUUGCUUUCGAUUUUCAAUCAAUAAAAUGACUUGAAAGUUGAA